AAAAGUUUUAAAAUUUUUUCACCCGCGCCGCAGCAUCCGAGUGCCAUAAAACAAUAUUUAAUUAAAAUAAUUAGACUAGUUAGAAAUAUUGCUCUGUGGCGAGGAAACACUUGCAAAAUAGUUUACCUGGAAUAAUACAACUCACAACCCCAACAGCAGCCGACGAUUUUGUGCGCCGGAGCAAAGCUUCCGCAGCCGUCGAUUCGAGAGCAUUACGGAUGCGAAUCCGAGUGGCGACAGGACGAAAGUGCGGCCCCAACGGAGCCAAAUUACGGAAGGACACGGACACGAACUCGGGACUGCACAACUACAACCACUGCGCGAGAUGGCGCCCGUCACCCGCAGCCGGAGCAGCAGCCGUCGCAGAGUAAUCCUUGAGAGCAGCGCCGCCCGAUGAAGGAUUGCAGCAUGGAACGCACAUGCACAGGCACUGGCACAUGCACAUCCAAGCUCACUGGCAGCAUAAAUAACGCAAGGACAUGGACGGCGCAACGAACGCGACGAGGACAAAGGCCCACGGCCUGUGACAGAAAUAAACGCCACCACCACCACCUCCUCGCCGAGAGCUAACCGACUAAACGUGAACCCAGCACCAGCACUAGCACCCCCCUCCCCGAGUGAUAUUAUUUUUAAUGCAAUCAAAGUGCUAAGUGAGUUUGCCAAAAACAGAAAAUAGAAAGCAGCCGAAGAGACUGCAUAAAACUAGAACAGAAGUGCCGAGUGAAAGACCGUGUCGAGUCCUAGGUCCUAACCCAAUUUGGGAAGUUUGUCCUUUGAGAGCGCGUCGUUGAGCCCGGCAAGGACGAGCAGGAUUCAUAUGGACGACGGCAGGUGCGGCCCGGUUAGCCAGGUGAGCAGCCAGGAAAGGCCCUGCAAACUGUACCGCAAGCGGAGGCGACGCCACUGAACCAACGAUCCACCACCCAAUACUCGCCUAAAUGAAGAAUGAAGAAACAAAAUGUGCGCACGAUAUCCUUGAUCGUGUGUACAUUUACCUACUUGCUUGUCGGCGCCGCCGUCUUUGACGCCCUCGAAUCGGAAACGGAAAAGCGUCGUUGGGAGGCGCUGCAAGAUGCCGAGGACAUGAUAAUACGCAAAUACAAUAUCUCACAGGAGGACUUCAAAGUCAUGGAGACUGUGGUGCUCAAAUCGGAAUCGCACAAGGCCGGCCAGCAGUGGAAAUUCACCGGUGCAUUCUAUUAUGCAACCACGGUGCUAACCACCAUAGGCUACGGACACUCGACGCCCAGCACGGUGGGCGGGAAGCUCUUCACGAUGUGCUAUGCCAUCGUGGGGAUUCCCCUGGGCCUCGUUAUGUUCCAGAGCAUCGGAGAAAGAGUGAAUAGACUGAGCAGCUAUGUUAUCAAAGCGGUCCGCUCCUCGCUGCGCUGCAAAAGGACCGUCGCCUCGGAGGUGGACCUCAUAUGUGUUGUGACCACUCUCAGUUCGCUGACGAUAGCAGGCGGUGCUGCGGCCUUCUCGAAAUUCGAGGGCUGGAGCUACUUCGAUUCAGUAUAUUACUGUUUUAUUACUUUAACCACAAUAGGCUUUGGCGACAUGGUAGCCCUGCAGCGGGACAAUGCACUGAACAGGAAGCCCGAAUACGUGAUGUUCGCACUGAUAUUUAUACUAUUUGGCCUGGCCAUCGUGGCCGCCUCGCUGAACUUGUUAGUACUUAGGUUUGUUACAAUGAAUACCGAGGAUGAGCGACGCGACGAGGCCCAGGCCAUGCAGUUUAUGUCCAAGUCCAGUUUAUGGACCAACGAGGCGCUGCAAGUGGCUGUGAAGCUGGAGGGCGAUGUGAUAACAUCCAACGGAUCCAUUCUGAGCGGCUACGAGGGACACGAUGGCCAAUCUCUGAACGGAAGCAACGCCUCGUCCAUGUGCUCGUGCCACUGCAUGUGUCUCAAUGGGAACCGACAUAAAAAAAGUAACAACUUGGGAAAGAACAACGAUGCAGAAAAUCAAUACAAGUUGAGGCGAUCGCCCACACACAUCCGACACCUUCUGCCCGAGGUGGUGCCCAUGCAGGACCUGAACUACGACUACGACACCCAGAGCCUGCACACUUUGGCCGAUCGUGGGACCAUGGACAGCAGCUACAUGGGCGUGGAUAUGGUGGACAUGGGGGAUACGGCGAGCAUGGAGCUGCGACCGCACACCCUGCUGAAGCGCAAUGUCUCACUCCUAUCCAUUCGCAUCUAGGAUCUUUAGAUGCAUUGGUGGAGGAUUAGCGGGUUGCUGGAACAACGAAGUGGCGGCCCCAGCCCCCAGCCAAAAAACGACUUACAAAUCGAAAGUGAUAACAAGGCUCUAAUAGUACUUAAAUACUUAUAUAGAUUCGCAAAUGAAUGUAGGACACGACACGAUUGAUCCGACUUGGAUCCGUUUGGAUAAUGAUAUCGAGCAAUUUAUGUAGGCUCUGGCUCAGGCUCCCCGCGAUAUGCCAUGUGUGUGCAUUUACAAUGUGAACUAGUGCAUAAAUCUAUACAACAUGUAGUCGGCAUGAUAGAGACUAAACCUAUAUAUACAACACUUACAACUAGGGCACUAUACAAUUGAAUGUAAACCACUGCCAUUUCCGAGCGAUAGAACCUAGAAGCGAUGCGAAAGAUUAUGGAACGGCAACACUCACUCGUAGUCUUUCUAUUUUAACACUAACAUCCAUUCAUCCGUAGCCAUAAAUAGACCGAUUCCGAUGGUAACCUCGAGCUAAAAUCAACCUGUGUAUUACUACGUUUAUAGGCCAGCUAUUUGUAAAAUAAUGUAUUUCCUUUGUAUUUCGUAAAUUUUAGACCUAUAUUACAUAUAUAUCAUAGAAGGGGUCGCGGAUUUCGUAAUAGUCAGUUUAGAGAAUUUGAUGGACUUCAAACCAUCAAAGCCUUAAAAGUUAUAGGAUCAGGAUUACCAAUAUCAUUGACUAUUAAACUGCCUUAAGUCUUUUUAAAUGUUCGAAACUUAAAACCGAAACGGUUUCAAAAAAUUCAAGCAUAACAGACACGUUUUUGCUUCGUUUUAUUAACUUAGUUUGCAACUAAUCGUGCAUAUAAACGUAGAAUAUAUUCCAGGAGCCAAAGUAACGCAAUGAAAGUGUCAAAUUAAUGCUGUAAAUACUAUUUAGCCGAUUAAUGUUAGCUAACGUUUAAAAAUCCAUUUUAUUCAGACUUAUUAUGAUUACGUAAUGUUUGAAGACGAACUCGAUAUUAGUUUACGACGCACGGUGCGCAGUAGUUAGUAGCCGCAACUAAGGCGACGUCCUCUAUCUAACCAAGUGUCAAAUACUUAGCUAGAAGCCCACGAAGAACAUUUCAGGCAACUCCAGUGCUCAAGUGACUCCACGAUGUGCCAAAUACCCACUCGUACGUGCGAACCAAUGCCAUGCAAAUGGCAUCGAAAGUUUCGCAUCGUACGUGUGCUAGACAGACAUAUAUACCGUCUCAGACCCCAAGACCUCCCCCUAUCGCAUUUAUGCAAAGAAUGCAUUUAGUUAUAGUUGUAGAUAAUGUCGAACCGAAUUCCCCACACUUAAUUUAAGCAUUCCCAUGGAUAUGUUUUACGGCAUUCGCAUUUAAAAUAGGAUUUUCGAUAAUCUGUUCUAGUUAGUCGAUGCAUUUUUCAAGGCCCACAUUGCUCACUCGAGACGUCAAACGCUUCAAAAGAAAUCUCUUUUAUCCUUAUGUGCUUUGUAUAUAAUAGUAUACUUAAUUAAUAAAAGUAAUUACUUUAAAAAACGAUAUAUUGUUAGAACCAAAACUUUGUCAGUUUGAAAAACUUAGUUAUGCAUUUGAUUUAACUGAAUUUUAGAUUUUUAGAAUGCUAAUUCAUUUCCAAAUUUUAAAUAUUUAACUAUACCAUAUUUCAGCCAAUGGGGUUUAAAUUACCAGUGGAUUUCUUUAAAUUCAAGAUAAAUAAAAUCAAAUGAAAUUGUAAUUUUAAUUCAGGCAAAUAAUGCGAAAUAGUGAAACUAAGACUUUGUAAUAUACUUAUAUUCCGAAAUUACAACA